AUGCACUGCCAUGGAUGGAGGUCGAUUUACUGCAUGCCUAAGAGACCCGCUUUUAAAGGAUCCGCUCCGAUUAAUCUGUCAGAUCGUCUCAACCAGGUGGUGAGGUGGGCUUUGGGCUCCGUCGAAUUCUUUUUCAGCCAUCACAGCCCUCUUUGCUAUGGUUACAAACAAGGGAAACUCAAAUGGCUCGAGCGGCUAUUGUACAUUAAUACCACCGUUUAUCCGUUCACCUCUCUCCCGAUUCUCGCCUACUCUACUCUCCCAGCCAUUUGUUUACUCACCGGAAAAUUCAUAAUGCCAGGGACAAGUACAUUUGCGAGUCUAUUCUUCAUUGCUCUGUUUCUCUCGAUUUUCAUAACGAAAACAAAAAAAGGUGCGGAAGAAAUGUUGACACACAACCACCAAGAAAAAGACUGA